AGCAAACGUAUCAAUUGCCGUUUGAUGAAGUCCUGUCAUGUCAUAUCAUUCAAACUCUGUAUAAUUUGAUACUCACCAUUCCACUCCCACUUCCACUCCUGCUCUCUCUCAAUUCAAAAUCUCAAAAUGGAGGCAAAAAAGCGGAAGAAAGAGUUGUCUAACAGCGAUCACUUGCGUCUACCGGAAUCGGUAGAGCUGGCCAUCAAUAAAAUUUUAGUGGAAAAGCAGCUGCAAACGCCGCUUAAGAGUUACGCGAGAAAAAUGCUGCGUGAGAUCGGGGAGCAGCCAUCUUUGGAGAUUCUGAACAUUAUUCACUCCUCCAAAAAUCCUGUUACGAGCUUUAGUGGUUUUGUUUCUAAGAUGGUGAAGAAAAACCACCCAAUUCAAGCCGAUGCCAUUCUCAGCCAUUACAACUGCUCCCCUCUCGGCAUCAGCUCGCCAUCCUCCGCCUCUCCGACUAUCGCUCGCUAUGGUGAAAGUAUGCAAAGGACAGGCUUUCAAAAUAUAAGUUGUCGGCUAUCUUUUCAAGAUGGGGCUAUGGGAAGCCGGAGUUGUAUUGUAAAAGAUGCAUCUCUGCUUUCCAGAGAACAUAUUGAGAAGUCCGAGCCUGUAACAAUUAGUCCACAGUUGUUGAUCCUGAACAAACUUGAAUAUAGGAAACUAUUUUUGCUGUUAAGCUACACCAAAGGGAAGAAGUUGGAAGAUCUCCUGAGCAUUGAAGAUGCUAAUAAAGUGUAUACUAAUAACAGUCUUCCCAUGAAAGAUUUUGAACACUACAUUUGGGAUUUUCUUGGUUCCAAGUACUGCGAGAAAUCAGAUCGCAUUCAGCAUCUUGAUUGGGAUUCUGGGAAAACUCAUAUCUAUAACUGCCAUGUUGACCCGGAUGGAAGUAACUAUUUCAAGGGGCCAUAUCUUAAUAGCUCGAGAACUCACAUGCAAAGAUCAUUGGGAGACGAUAAUGUACUGACAGUCAAGUUUGUAGAGAAUGCGGAGUAUCCGGCACGCAAAAUUGUUGAAGAAGGACUGUUUGUUGGUCUAAGGCGUUAUCGAUUUUUCGUAUUCAAAGAUGAACUGAGGAAGGCAAAGAAAAACAAAGUCGGGAGGGACAAGGAGUCAACCCACUCUGAUGUGAAGUGUUAUUUUGUCCAUUUUGAUUCCAUUUCGUCCCAUGAUCAUGAGGAAGAUUAUAUUUUGUUUCGAAAAUCUGUCAGUGAAGCAAGGGGCCUCUUCAUGCAUGUACACAAGCUACCAACCAUAGAAAAGUACAUGGCCAGGCUUUCCCUUAUUCUGUCCAAGACCACUAAGAUUGAUCUUGAUUUUGCUGCUAUCAUAGUGGAGAUAAUCGAAGAUAUACCUUUCCAGGAUGAGAAUGGCUCUAUUAUUUACGACGAGGAUGGAAAGCCUAUCUUACAUACUGAUGGAACUGGAUAUAUCUCUGAAGACUUGGCAAUGAAGUGUUCGAAAGAUUUACACGCCUCAUUGCAUAAUAUGGAGAUUAGUUUUGAGCAUCUACUGAUUCAAUGCCGUUUGUUUCAUGAUGGCUAUGCUGUCAAGGGAACUCUGCUUUUAAAUAGAAAGCUUGAACCAGGAAGAAUUCAGAUUAGGCCAUCAAUGAUUAAGGUGCCAAAGGACCCAGCAUUGGAGAGUGAAGAAUUUUUUACAUUCAACUCUCUGGAGAUUAACACCAUUAGUCACAGACCUAACCGCAGUUAUCUUUCAAAAUAUUUGAUUGCUUUGCUGAGCUAUGGAGGGGUUCCUCAAGAGUUCUUUCUCAAUUUGCUUAAUAAAGCUUUAGAAGAGACGCGGAAUGUCUUCUCCAAUAUGCGAGCGGCUUUGAGAGUUGCUUCCCUCCAUGACGACUGGGCUUUUGGUUUUAUAGCCCAGAGAAUGAUUUGCUCUGGGGUACCUCUUGAUGAACCGUUUCUCCAAUAUUGUCUAGGGAGUUUGGAAAGUAGUGAGAGAACUAAACUUAAAGAAGGCAGGAUACCAGUGAAUGAAUGCUUUUACUUAAUGGGGACUGCUGAUCCUACUGGUGUAUUACAUAAUGACGAAGUCUGUGUUAUCCUUGACAGCGGUCAGAUAUCAGGGAAUGUAUUAGUAUACAGGAAUCCUGGAAUGCAUUUUGGAGAUAUUCAUGUCAUGAAGGCUGUGUAUAUUGAAGAAUUGGAAGAGUUUGUUGGCAAUGCCAAGUAUGGCAUUUUCUUCUCAACCAAAGGCCAGAGAUCAGCAGCUUAUGAAAUGGCAACUGGCGAUUUUGAUGGUGACAUGUAUUGGGUUUCCCGAAACCCUGAGCUAUUGAAAUUUUUUAAACCAAGUGAACCAUGGAGACGUUUGUACCCAGCCCCACAGGCUGAGAAGAAAGAUCUGCAGCAGUAUUCAAGUCUGCAGUUAGAACAUGAACUUUUUCAACUAUUCCUUGAUUCUAGGACACCGAGCCACACUAUGGGCAUUGCAGCAGAUAGCUGGCUCACAUACAUGGAUCGGCUGCUGACUCUAGGUGUUGAUCGUACACCCGAGAUAAAUUCUCUGAAAGAAAAAAUGCUUAAGUUGAUUGACAUCUACUAUGAUGCAAUAGAUGCACCAAAAAGUGGCAAAAAGAUCAAUCUACCCGAUUAUUUGAAAGCAGAGUUGUUUCCGCAUCACAUGGGAAGAGUGGUCGAGAAUAGCUAUCACUCCUCCUCCAUAUUGGGUCUAAUAUAUGACAGAGUACAGGAAUUUCAGAAUGGUGAUGUUCCGGGAAAAGAAAUCUGGAAAAUGCCAUGCUUUGACAUUCCAAUCCCUGAGGAUUAUCUCAUCACGUGGAGAGAUAGGUAUAAGUGCUAUUGCGGGGAGAUGGCAAACGCCCUAAACCGCAGUGAUGAAGCUAAGAAGGAUGCCGCUGAUGAUGUGAUUAAAAAAUACAAGCAGUUAUUGUACGAUGCUCCUGAUAUGGAGGAAAGUGCAAAGGAUACCACCGUGUUGUAUGAGGAAUCCCUUGCUAUAUAUCAUGUAACAUACGACAUGGCGAGCAGCGUGGAGAAGUGUGGGUUUGCUUGGAAAGUAGCUGGAUCUGCACUGUGCAGUCUCUACGCCUGGAAAUCAGUUGCUCACAAGGAGAAGCCGUUGAUGAUGUCACCGUCAGUUCUGCGCGACUUGUUGAAGUGAGCACUCAGUCGGGUCCGUUCCUGUGUUGUAACAUGGUAUUGCGUAUUAAUUGUCUAGGCAUUACGACUUACCUUGUAAAGUAUGGAAACAAUGCGAACAAGGCUUCGGCUUAACAUGUAUCGUGUAGAUAUUAAUAUGAUUUAACCCAUUCGAACCCUUGUGCUA